AACUUUGUCCCCAAUGAUUGUUUUGACAUAUGUUUUCAUUGUGAUUAAAAAAAAAAUUUAGUUUCUGCUUUAUUUUCUCAGAAAUAAUUAGAUAAUUUAUUUAUUAAAUAAAACAUACCGCUCUUGAAUAAUAAUGCACUAUGCAUUUAUAAAUUAUAUUAUGUAAAUAUAUAUUAUCUUGUAAAAUUGAAAUUUAUUUCGAGUAUCUUUAAAAUUCAAUUAAAAAUUUAACAAUGGUAAUAUACGGUGUUUACAUUGUUUCAAAAUCGGGAGGUUUAAUUUUUAAUCAUGAUCAUAAUGUACCAAAAGUAGAAACUGAAAAAGUAUUUAAUUAUCCACUCGAUAUUAAAUUGUCAUAUGAAAAUAAAAAGACUGUUGUUGUUUUUGGACAAAGAGGUGGAAUUAAUGUUGGACAUGUAUUGACUGCUGUUAAUGGUGAACCAGUAACAGGAUGUGAACUUUCAGAUGGAAGAAAUAUCAUGGAAUUAUUGGAUAAACAAGAAAAUUUUCCAAUAACAUUAAAAUUUAGUCGCGCUAAAAUGACAACAAAUGAAAAAAUUUUUCUCGCAUCAAUGUUUUAUCCUCUAUUUGCAAUUGCCAGUCAAUUAAGUCCAGAACCACGUUGUUCAGGUAUUGAAAUAUUAGAAGCAGAUACAUUUCGAUUAUAUUGCUAUCAAACAUUGACUGGUGUUAAAUUUAUAAUUAUUGCUGAACCAUCACAAACAGGAGUUGAAAUUUUAACAAAACGAGUUUAUGAAUUGUAUGCAGAUUAUGCUUUAAAAAAUCCAUUUUAUUCCCUAGAAAUGCCUAUUCGAUGUGAAUUAUUCGAUACAAGUCUACAAUUAUUAUUGGAAUUAGUUGAGAAAUCAGGUGCAAAUAAUGCUUAAUGAAAAGGGGGUAUUUAAAAAAAAAUUUUGUAAAUAUUUAUGUGUUGAAAAUAAAAGUUUUAUAUUAAAAACA